AUGAGACAAGUUAAUGAUUUUAAUAACUAUACUGUGAAGAUUUACGGUGGAGGACAUCCCCUUGCGGCUCCUAGUCCUGGUCGAUGGCAUGCUCCCCCUGCUGGCGUUAUUAAAUUGAACACGGAUGCAAGCUUGGCCGAUGAAGGUUGGAUGGGACUUGGAGUGGUAGCCCGCGACUCGGAAGAUAAGGUGUGCUUUGCUGCAACUAGACGUGUACGUGCCUACUGGCCUUCCGAGGUAGCUGAAUGUAAGGCCAUUUAUAUGGCGACCCGCUUAGCCAAAGCUCAUGGGUAUGGUGAUGUGAUAUUUGAGUCUGACUCCCUAGUAGCCACGAAAAGACUAACAAAAGCAUCAAUCUUCUUCUCCAAUUUGGAUGCAAUACUUGAGGACAUUCUUUCUACGCGUAAUAUUUUUUCUUCUAUUUCUUUUUCUCAUGUUAAAAGGGAUGGGAAUACUGUUGCCCAUAACGUUGCUAGAGUAGUGCCUUUUGGGAUUGAGCAAUGUUGGGAGUGUCACUGCCCUAGUAUUGUUCAACCUUAUGUACUUAUGGACAUCUUGUCCUUUUGA